UUGAAUUCUCAUUUCAUUUCUAAGGCUGCCAUCCUCCUUCUAAUCAAAUCCAUCCCCAAAUCUUGUUUUUGUAGUAGUAGUAGCAGUCAGUCUGUUUGGCUCGGCUCGGCCCGCAUAGUUUCGAGGUCUUUCUUUUUGUCAACUUCCUUUUUUAUUAGGUCGGUCGGUAUUUUUAAUUUUUCAAUUUUAGGGUUCUUUUUCUUCCUUGCAUCAAUUUCCCCAUUUAUAUCUUCUUCUCACUCAUUGGCUCUAGUAUUAGGCCAUUCUUGUAUCUUUCAGCCAAUUUAUCUCCUUUAUAAUUUCAUUUAUUCAUAUAUAAAUAUUAAUCCACUACCCACAUCAUCAAAUCAUCUAAUUUCAAGAUUCUAUUUUUAUUCAUUUCAACCUCCCUCUUUACUUCAUGAUUCCAUCUCAGGUGGGGUAUAAGUUUUGUCAUAUUGGGGACUUGGGAUUUUGUUGAUUGAAAAGUUUACGGAAAAUGGAAUACAAUUCGCCCUCGAAAGAUAGGUCCAACGGUUUGUGGGCAUCACCGAGAAGUCAAAUGGAUAAUCCGAUGACUAUGGAUGAUCCGUUUAAUAGUUUUUCCGAGCUUAUGAACUUUGAUACUUAUGCUGGAUGGUGUACUAGUCCUUCUGCAGCUGAUCAGAUGUUGGCUUCUUUCGCUUUGUCAGCUGGUUAUACGUCUUAUGAUUUAGGUAGCUUUUCGGAGCAAGUUAAGAAUGGGUUUGCUCCGAUUGAUAGGGAAUCCGUGCAGAAUCCUGUUAAUGCCGUUGGAGAGUUCGGCUUGGCUGCUGACGAGGGAAAUGAUAAUCAAGGGGAUGCGUAUGUUAUGGUGCAGAGGUCGCCGCAAUUGCACUCGCUUGCUGAAAAGAUGUUGAAAGCGUUGUCUUUGUUUAAAGAUUCGUCUGGAGCGGGAAUUUUGGCUCAAGUUUGGGUUCCGAUUAAGGAAGGUGAUAGGUAUGUAUUAAGCACUUAUGAGCAGCCGUACUUGCUUGACCAGGUGUUAUCUGGAUAUCGUGAAGUUUCUAGAGGAUUCACGUUUUCUGCUGAUGUGAAACCUGGUCAUUUUCCUGGGCUUCCAGGUCGGGUUUUCACCUCAAAAGUUCCAGAAUGGACUUCAAAUGUGGCCCACUAUAAUAAAGGUGAAUACUUGCGCAUAGAUCAUGCGCUUAGCCAUGAAGUUCGUGGGUCAAUUGCUCUACCUAUUUUUGAUGAUGACUCCAUCGAGAAAUCUUGUUGUGCGGUACUCGAACUUGUCACAAUGAAAGAGAAGCCUGAUUUCAGUGCAGAGAUGGAUCAUGUUUGCCGUGCUCUUGAGACUGUGAACCUGAAAAGCGUUGCACCUCCCCGACUUCAUAAGCAGUGCCUUUCAAAAAAUCAAAUGGCUGCUUUAGCUGAAAUAACGGAUGUUCUUCGAGCUGUAUGUCAUGCACAUAGAUUGCCUGUUGCUCUGACAUGGAUACCAUGUAGUUACAAUGAAAAAGUUCGUGAUGAAAUAAUAAAAGUACGUGUGGGAGGGUGUAAUAUCAAUUCAGCUGAGAAAAAUAUACUAUGUAUCGAGGCUGAUGCUUGUUAUGUCAAUGAUCGAGAUAUGCAAGGUUUUGUGCAAGCUUGUAGUGAGCAUCACCUUGAGGAAGGACAGGGUAUUUCUGGAAAAGCACUGCAGUCAAACCAUCCUUUUUUUCUACCUGAUGUAAAGGAGUACCAUAUAAGUGAGUACCCACUUGUCCAACAUGCUCGUAAAUAUGGUCUAAAUGCUGCUGUGGCAAUUAGGUUGAGGAGUACCUAUACUGGUGACGAUGAUUAUAUAUUGGAGUUUUUUCUUCCGGUUAACAUGAAAGGUUCUACAGAGCAGCAACUCUUGUUGAACAACUUAUCCAGUACAAUGCAGAGAAUCUGUAGGAGUUUGAGGACAGUUUCUGAUGCAGAACUAUCUGGCAUAGGGGGAGCAGAUGUUGAACUCCAGAGAGGUUUGGAUGAAACCAAGCCACCAUUGUUAUUAUCAAGGAGCUCCUCUGAGCAGAAACACAUGGCAAGAGGUUCAACUCCUGCUGAUCAGGUUUCUGUAAAUGCAACCAACCCAACUGAUGGUAGGACAAGUCCACGUCCAACUGACCAGACGGUUGGUGGAUCAAAGAGACAAUCUGAGAAAAAGCGUAGUACUGCAGAGAAGAAUGUUAGCUUAAGUGUUCUACAACAAUACUUUUCUGGGAGCCUUAAGGAUGCUGCCAAAGCCAUUGGAGUUUGUCCUACUACACUAAAAAGGAUAUGCAGACAACAUGGUAUCUCAAGAUGGCCGUCACGGAAGAUAAACAAGGUAAAUCGUUCUUUAAUGAAGAUACAGACAGUUCUCGACUCUGUACAGGGUGUAGAAGGAGGUUUGAAGUUUGACCCGACAACAGGUGGUCUUGUAGCAGCAAAUGCUAUCAUCCAAGAUCCUGAUUCACAAAAAAGCUUAAUGCUUUCUAAUAAUAGCCCUGAAGUUGCAUCACCGCAUUCCCUGCCGUCAUCAUGUUUUAAUGCCGAAAAUCCUAUUGUAAAACUAGAGGAUGAAUGUUAUAUGGGGAUGGACAAACAAAGAUCAUCUAAGAGCCUCCCGAUUACAACUUCUGUGGGUGAAUACUGCAGUGAUACUUUAAAAAUGGCUGCAGUAGACAUUCCUUGGACGUGCAAAUGGAGUCCAAAUGAUGCUCAAAUGAAAGGAGAAGUGCCAAACCACCGCUUCUUGUCUCAAAGCUUGAGUUCCUUGGCUGCUAGUUAUGACAUGGAUACAACAAUGAAUGAAAAUAAUGCCGGUGAUGAUCAUGAUAAUGAUCAUAACCAGUCUUCUUCUUCCGGCAUGACAGACUCAUCGAAUGGCUCUAUGAUUAAUGGAAGUUCAUCUAGCUCUCCAAGCUUUGGUGGUCUUAGAAACCCAAAAACAGAAACGUUAUUUGGGGACGAAGGAUCCAAAAUUACUGUAAAGGCGACAUAUAAAGAAGAUACGGUCAGGUUUAAGUUUGAGCCUUCUUCUGGUUGGUUCCAGCUUUAUGAAGAAGUUGCAAAAAGAUUUAAGAUACAAACAGGAACAUUCCAGCUCAAGUACAGGGACGAUGAAGAAGAAUGGGUGCUGCUGGUGUGUGAAUCCGAUUGGAAUGAGUGUCUUGAGAUUUUGGAUUUUCUUGGCACCCGUACUGUGAAAUUUUUAGUUCGUGAUGCUACUUUUGCUAUGGGAAGCUCGGGUAGUAGCAAUUGUUUCUUAAUGGGAGGUUCCUAGCACUCUACUGGGGGAUGUCCUUGGAAUAGUCAAAUGACACGUAUGAGGCAGGAUACAUCCGAGGUAGGGGUGGGUAAACCCGUCUUCGUUUUCUGCUAGAUUUCAAUAAAGUGGUUAUUCUCAUGUAUGUGCUUCCUGUUUGAAAAAAGGGACUUGAAGUUUUUCAGUAUCAAGGAGCGGGGAAGCUUAAGCUUAGUUGGAAUUUGAAUAAUCAAUGUAUAAUGUUCAUACUGUUACAUGUAUAGGUACGGCGAAGAUAGGAGUAGUCAGUUGUUUAAUUUGAUAGUAUUUUGGAAGAUGUUUUUAUGUUGACUAAUUUGUAUAAGCAAAUGGUCAGAAGAAAUAUAUGGUAUCAUAAUAUUUGCUUUUAUGGUUAAA